AUGCGGGCGCUGCCACUGCUUUGCUUGGGGCCCACCCCACGGCCAGCCCCUGGCUGCUGGCGACAUUGUCUGCAAGUGCCACACAUUGCAGCAAACUACCAGCGCUUCGUGGCAAGAGCUGCAGCUACAGGUGCUGUCGGAGACCUUUGCGCCCAUCCAACAGCCCAUUCUGCUUCUCACGCGCGUAAUUGUGUCGCUGCAGAGACCUCGGGGGAGUGGGUGCGCCUGUCGUCGACAGAUGACCCAACAGCGGCAGGCGGCGCCGCCGCCGGCGAGCCGCUCCAGCUAGACGACGCGACGCUCGUGGCAAGCAGCGAGCUGCAAGAGCUGGCGCGGCAGCAACUCCAGCUGCUGGCCGUCUCGCUGCAGCUCAGCCUGCAGGCCGUGCUUUCCUCCAGCAUCAGCAUCGACGACUCCAGCAUCGACGAGGAGGCGCUGCGGCAGCAGCUGCUGGCAGACAGCACGUGCCUGCGGUCGACAGUCUACUGCCGCGCCCCCGCCAGCCUGCAGACGGGCCAGCUGCAGCUGCAGCUGGUGGCAGCCUUGGGCGGCGGCAGCCAGGACCUGCAGCAGCAGCAGCAGCAGCAGCAGCAGCGCUUCCUCUUCCUGGGACACCAGGGCGUGCCGGGAAGCAGCCUGGCGGAGCAGGAGCAGUGGAUCCUGGAGCAGCCCGUUAUUGUACUGCCCGACUCAGGGGGACUCGUACUGCCGCUGUCCCACAACGGCUUCCUGGUCGGCCUGCUCGUCGUGGAGCGGUGCCUAGAGGAGGAGGAGGAGCAGCAGCAGCAGCCUGCCGCAGCUGCAGGCGGGGCUGCGGCUGGCGCCGGCAUGCCGCCGCCCACCACCUGCCUGCUGCUGCGGUCGGCGGAGCUGCAGCUUCUCAAGCAGACGGCGGCGGUGCUGGCGCUGGCGUGCGCGAUGGACCUGCGGGCGGCGAUGGAGCGUGUGGGCGCAGCCUACCGCCAGCGCCAGGCCUCCGCGCUGGUCCAAGCGGCCAAGAAGCCGCUGAGCGUGAUGCGCACGCUGGGAACCAUGCUGCUGCCGCGGCUGCAGCCGGGGGAGCCGGACCGAGACUUUGCGCAGGCGCUGUUCUGCACAAGCAUUCUGGAGCAGGGCAGCCGCCUGCAGGAGGUGGUGUCUCAGCUGCAGGCAGCCCUACACCCCUCGGCGGCGGCGGCGAUCAUGCCCCCGGCGCUGCUGCAAGCAGGCACCAUGAACGGCAAGCGGCAGCGGAAGGCGCUGCCGCGCGGCAGCGGCGGUCGCGGCAGCCUGAGCGGCGUCAGCGGCGGUGGCGGCAGCAGCCUGGGCCAGUGGCAGCUGGCGGAGCCUGCCCAGGGGCGGCCCGCGCUGCCCAGCAGCAGCAUAGGCGGCGACUACCAGCGGGGGUCCACUAUCGAUCUGAGUGUGGAUGAGCCAUCCGCCACAGCAUCGCCCUCGGUCCCACGGUCGUCAAACGACAGCAGUAGCAGCAGCAGCAGCGGCGGCGGCAGCAGCAGCAGCAGCAACAGCAGCAGCCAGAGCAGCGCCGCUGGGGCCGCCAGCAGCAGCCGCAACGGCAGCAACGGCAGCAGCGGGCGCGACGGCGGCGGCAUGGCGGGCAGCGCCAGCAGGGCCUCUGCCGACCUUCUCAACGUGCUGAUGCCGCUGCUGGCCUCUGCCAGCAACUUUGCGGCAGUCAGCGGCGUCAGCUUUGUGAUGGCGGAGCACGGCAGCGGCGCGGCGGCGGCGCGAGCCGGCCCACGCGCCGGCGCCGGCCCCAGCCCGGACCCCCAGCAGCAGCUGGUGCUGCCGGCGGCUGAGGUGGCAGUAGGCCCUGGCAGCCUCAAGCGCAUGCUGAGCCAGCUAGUGGACGGCGUGCUUGCCUGCGCCACACGCGGCGACCUGGUGCAGGCAUGCGUGCAGCUGCAGCCUUGGGAGGGGCGGCCCGGCGUGGCCAUCACGCUCUGCUGCUGCUACGGACUGGCGCACGGCGGCGGCGCCGCGGGGGCCAGCCAGGGCGGCGGCGGCAGCGCGGCGGUGGCCAGCCUGUCGCGCCCUCCUAUGCAGCCCGAGUUUGCGUUCCUGCAGAGCACCGCCAGCGAGGCGGGCGGCUUCUUCGAGGUCCACUCCGACGCCACCCCAGACGUGCAGCACCUGAACAGCAGCGCCCUCAUGGCCUGCCUCUGGCUGCCCACCGUCAGCUGCGACGCUGGCUGGAACUGA